AUGGCUCCAAGACUCUCCCCUGCGAAGCUCGUUCUCAUACGUGAUAUGAUAGAGAGCCAGUCCUUCACCACAUCUGAAAUGGCCGAACAGGCUGAAUGCAACAAGCUAACCAUCAUCAAUAUCCGCAGAAACUUACGACAAUUUGGAAGCAUUUACGCCCCUCAAACCCGAGUAGGUCGGAAACGAACUGUGACACCCCAGAUGAUUGAAGCCUUCUGUGAUCAUCUAUUUGAGAAACCUGGCUUGUACCUUGAUGAGAUAGCUGUAUUCCUUUGGGAUGAGUUUCAGACCAUGGUUACAACCUCCAGCAUUCGGAGAGCCCUUGUCGCUAAAGGUUGGUCGAAAAAAACUGCACGGCAACAUGCGAGAGGACAAAAUGCUGAUUUACGAGAUUAUUAUCUGCAUAAUCUGUCCGACUUCAAAUCGUACCACCUCGUAUAUAUCGAUGAAUCUGGAUGUGACAAACGCGUUAGGUUCAGACGGACAGGUUGGGCACUACUUAGCAAGGCCCCUUUGCAAGUAACGCAAUUCCACCGUGACCAGAGAUACCAGAUAUUGCCAGCGUAUGCACAGGAUAGGAUUGUUCUCUCGCGUGUCUUCCGCGGGGCAAAGGAAGAGAGUGCUAAAGGCCAUUUUCGACAUACAGGGUUAAAGAUCGAACAAGUCUCAGGAAGUUGUUAG